AUGAAGCUUCCUGUGCUCUUUGUUUCAACGUUAAUAUUGUUACUGAGUUUCAGCGAAUGUGGAAGCACAACUUGGUUUCCAAAUAUUGUAGAUUCUUUCACGAAUCGUACUUCACAAAUAACUACUUAUGUCAGAGAAAAAGGACGCAAUCUGAAAAAUUACUACGUACAAAAUGUGAGAACUAAAAUCAAUUCGUAUCUUGGAAUACAUCCGAACCAGAGUAGCACAACAAUUACAGUUGACGUAAAAGAUAAAGAUGCCAGAGUGAAAAGAACAUUUCGUGACUUCCUAGAGGACGUUCCCAAGCGAGAAGCCAGGGGUAAGAUUUCAGAUGAAACCGACAAUACAGAAAAUUGUGGCAUUGAUGAUCCAACGAUUCAAUUCAGCACGCCACAGCUUAUUGCUUUUAAUGGCUACCCAGCAGAAUCACAUACGGUCAUGACAUCUGAUGGAUAUAUCUUGACAGUGCAUAGGAUCCCGUAUAACAAAAAAGGACCUCUUAAAUCAGUGCCCCGGAAAACAGUUCUCCUACAUCAUGGUCUUCUUGGAAGCUCUGCGGACUGGGUCAUUGCUGGCCCUAAGAAAGGUCUGGCUUAUAUUCUGUCUGACGCUGGCUACGACGUAUGGCUAGCUAACGUUCGAGGAAACACAUAUUCUCGGGCUCAUGUUUCAAGAAGCAUAGACUCUUAUGCAUUCUGGAACUUCACGUUUCACGAAGUAAGCCAACACGACCUGCCGGCUGUGAUAGACUACAUUAUGGAUAUAAAAGGAUGGGACGUGAAAAUAAACUACAUCGGACAUUCAAUGGGUACUUCAAUAAUGUUUGCAUUACUUUCCACGAAACCUCAAUACAAUAAGAUCUUGCGAGCUGGGUUCGCCUUAGCUCCAGUCGCCUACAUGUCAGACAUAAAAAGCCCGCUCAAAUUAUUAGCAAAAUUCAGUGAUAACAUAGCAUAUCUUAUGAAACUUCUCGGUGCAAAUGAGUUUCUCCCACAAAGUACAGUAUUGAGAUGGUUGUCCAAAUAUGCUUGUGAAAUAAACCAUUACGAGGCAGUUAUUUGUGAAAAUUCCUUGUUUGUAUUGUGUGGGCAUGAUGCAAAACAGUUCAAUAAGACCUUGUUGCCGCUAAUACUGAACCACACUCCUGCUGGAGCUUCGACCAAGACUUUGAUUCACUACGCUCAAGAAAUAAAAAACGAGGGUAGAUUCCAGCAAUUCGACUACGGUACAACUGGGAACAUUAAACAAUACGGUCAGCUAACCCCUCCCGAGUAUUCAGUACAUAAAAUAACAUUGCCAAUUGCUUUGUUCAGUGCUCAAAAUGAUUGGUUGUCAAGCAUCACAGAUGUGACAAAUUUAUACGCGCAACUAGAAAAUCCAAUCGCACAUUAUAUUGUUCCUCUGAAGGAAUUCAAUCAUAUUGACUUUCUGUGGGCAGUGGACGCGCCAACACUUGUUUACGCGAAGUUAUUACAGCUAAUGGAAGAAGGUAUCGGACGUCGUACAUCCAUGUAUACUGCUGCAGUAGAAUCAAAUGUGGUAGACGAAUAA